GAUGAUAGAGCGCAACCUGCGGAUACCGAGGCUGAUACGGGAACGACAUGGCACAUGGCGCCUGAAUUGCGCCAGAUGAGGAAACGGGACGAAGAUGGGGGAGAGAAGCCUAAAAUGCUCGGUGUUGCGUGGCACAACCUCACCGUCAAGGGCGUUGGCGGCAACUCCAUGUUCAAUGAAAACGUCCUCUCGCAGCUUUUCCCUUUCCAUAGGCGUGGUAAAGGUGCCAAAACAAAGACCAUUAUCGAAAGUUCGUUUGGAUGUGUUAAGCCGGGGGAGAUGCUGCUUGUUUUGGGACGACCUGGAGCGGGUUGCACUACACUGCUGAACGUGCUCGCAAACCACCGUAUUGGCUAUGAAGAAGUCAUCGGAGACGUCAGCUACGGGAGCAUGUCUGCUAUGGAGGCUAGACAGUACCGUGGGCAGAUUGUCAUGAAUACGGAGGAGGAAAUCUUCUUUCCGACCUUGACUGUUGAAGAUACGAUUGAUUUUGCCGCUCGCAUGAAAGUCCCAUAUCAGUUACCACCCGGCGUUACAACUCAUGAGGAAUACGUUCAGCUAUAUAAGGAUUUUCUCCUGCGAUCCGUUGGAAUCUCUCAUACCGCAAGGACCAAGGUUGGGGAUGCCUUUAUUAGGGGUGUCUCUGGGGGAGAGAGGAAGCGUGUCUCGAUCCUGGAGUGUCUUACCACUCGUGCCAGCGUUUUUUGUUGGGACAAUUCGACAAGAGGCCUUGAUGCCAGCACAGCUCUCGAGUGGAUCAGGGCCAUCAGGGUAAUGACAGACCUCCUCGGGCUCAGUACAAUUGUCACUCUCUAUCAGGCGGGUAACGGCAUCUACGAGCAUUUCGACAAGGUUCUGCUUCUUGAUGAGGGUAAGCAAAUAUUUUACGGGCCUCAAAAGGACGCCGUCCCAUUCAUGGAGGGCCUGGGCUUCCUCCGUGAUCCUGGUUCUAACCGGGGAGACUUCCUGACGGGCGUGACUGUCCCUACUGAACGCGUUAUUUCCCCUGGAUACGAGCACAAGUUCCCACGCACCGCGGACGAGAUUCGGGCUGCAUACGACCAGUCCCAUACAAAGCCCAGAAUGCUGGAAGAGUCGCAAAGCUAUCCGACAAGCAAAGACGCGGCUGAGAACACCACUACAUUCAAAGAAAUGGUUGCUCGUGAGAAGCACAAGGGCGUGCCACGACGGUCCUCCGUCACCACGGAUUUCGUCACCCAAGUAACGGCUGCGAUUAGCAGGCAGUACCAGCUCAUGUGGGGUGACAAGGCGACUGUGAUGAUGAAGCAAGGCGCCACCGUUAUCCAGGCCCUCCUUGGUGGUUCUCUCUUCUAUGCCGCCCCUGACAAUUCGAUUGGUCUUUUCCUCAAGGGUGGUGCCCUCUUUUUCUCCAUUCUAUACAAUGCCCUUAUAGCCCUGGCAGAGGUUACUGACUCCUUCACGGGCCGGCCUGUUCUCGCAAAACACCGCUCCUUCGCAUUGUACCAUCCUGCGGCCAUCUGCAUUGCCCAGAUUGCUGCCGACUUACCGAUCCUAUUAUUCCAGGUCACGCAUUUCGGGCUCAUCCUAUACUUCAUGGUCGGCCUGAAGACCACGGCCGCGGCAUUCUUUACUUAUCUGGCCACCAACUUCAUGACUGCAAUGUCCAUGACAGCCUUCUUUCGUCUCGUUGGCGCCGCGUUUCCUACGUUCGACGCUGCGUCCAAAGUCUCAGGACUUUCGAUCGUAGCGCUGUUUGUCUACAUGGGAUAUAUGAUUAUCAAGCCUGAGAUGCAUCCAUGGUUUGUCUGGAUCUUUUGGAUCAACCCUAUGGCCUACGGAUUCGAAGCUCUUCUUGGGAACGAAUUCCAUGACCAGGUCAUUCCGUGUUAUGGACCUAACCUAAUCCCCAAUGGCCCUGACUACGUUGGCGAAGGGGGGCAAUCGUGUGCUGGUGUUGUUGGUGCAGCACCUGGCGCGACGAGUCUGACCGGGGACAAAUAUCUCGCAGCCAUGUCCUUUAGCCACAGCCAUAUCUGGCGUAAUUUUGGAAUAAUCUGCGCCUGGUGGGUGUUCUUCGUUGGGCUCACGAUCGUUUUCACCUCCAGGUGGAAGCUACUUGGAGAGGGAGGCCGCAAAGUUUUGAUUCCUCGCGAGCUACAGCACAAAUCAAAACACCUUUUGCAGAGCCGAGACGAGGAAGCACAGCCGACGGAGAAGAGUAUGAGCACCAGCUCCGAUGGAUCAGACGACAGGCUUGGAAAUGAGCUGCUUCGCAACAAGAGCAUUUUCACCUGGAAGAACCUGACUUAUUCCGUCCCAACGGCGGAUGGCGACCGUGUCCUCCUUGAUAACGUUCAAGGAUAUGUCAAACCGGGCAUGCUUGGAGCCCUGAUGGGCUCGUCUGGGGCCGGAAAGACGACCUUGCUGGAUGUUCUGGCACAACGCAAGACAUCAGGGACAAUCCAUGGGUCCGUCUUAGUGGAUGGGCGUCCUCUUCCUAUUUCCUUUCAACGCUCCGCCGGCUAUGUCGAGCAGUUGGAUAUUCAUGAGCCCUAUGCGACUGUCCGUGAGGCUCUUGAGUUUUCGGCGCUGUUGCGCCAAUCCCGCGACACGCCCACCGAAGAUAAGCUGCGUUAUGUGGACACUAUUGUUAAUCUUCUUGAGCUGAGUGACCUUGAGCAUACCCUUAUUGGCCGACCAGGCGCUGGCCUCUCGGUGGAACAGCGUAAGCGCCUUACUAUUGGUGUUGAACUCGUGGCAAAGCCAAGUAUCUUGAUCUUCCUGGAUGAGCCCACGUCAGGGCUCGAUGGCCAGGCGGCCUAUAAUACUGUGCGAUUCCUUCGCAAGCUUGCUGAAGCAGGACAGGCUAUCCUCGUCACUAUCCAUCAACCGUCAGCUCAGUUGUUUGCGCAAUUUGAUAAACUAUUGUUGCUAGCCGCCGGGGGCAAAACAGUGUACUUUGGAGAUAUUGGCCGGAAUGCGAACAUUGUCAAGGGAUACUUUGGCCGCCAUGGUGCACCUUGCCCGGAUGAAGCCAAUCCUGCCGAACAUAUUAUUGAUGUUGUGUCGUCAGGAGGGAGUCUCGACUGGAACCGGGUCUGGCUGGACUCACCGGAACAUGGCAAGCUCUCGGAGGAGCUGGACAACAUGGUUGAUGAAGCUGCUGGUCGAUCUACAACAGCAAACACUGAUCCGCAUGAAUUUGCUGCUUCUCUCUGGACACAAACCAAGCUGGUGACGCAUCGUAUGAAUGUCUCUCUCUUUCGAAACACCGAAUACCUCAACAAUAAAUUCGCCAUGCAUAUCAGCCUCGCGCUGUUGAACGGCUUCACUUUUUGGAAGAUUGGGGAUGCACUUACAGAUCUACAGCAGAAUCUUUUUACUGUGUUUAAUUUUAUCUUCGUUGCGCCGGGCGUCAUCUCGCAGCUUCAGCCACUCUUUCUUGACCGUCGGGAUAUUUUCGAGGCGCGAGAGAAGAAGAGCAAGAUGUACCACUGGGCUCCCUUUGUCACGGGCCUGAUAGUCUCAGAGUUUCCAUACUUGCUUGUCUGUGCGCUGCUGUAUUACGUUUGCUGGUACUUUACCAGCGGCCUUCCUACCUCCCCUUACCACGCUGGAAGCGUCUUUUUCGUUGCAGUGAUGUACGAGUGCCUUUACACCGGCAUCGGGCAGAUGAUUGCCGCCUACACACCAAAUGCCGUGUUUGCGUCUCUGGUCAACCCUCUGGUGAUUACCACUCUCGUCUCCUUCUGCGGCGUGAUGAUUCCAUACAGCCAGAUUGUACCAUUCUGGCGAUACUGGAUGUACUACCUCGACCCGUUCAACUACCUCAUGAGUUCUCUGCUAGUGUUCACUACCUGGGACAAGCCCGUCCACUGUAAACCCGAUGAGCUGGCUGUUUUUGAUCCGGCUCCUAAUUUUACAUGCGGUGAAUAUCUCAAUAUCUACCAGCGCGGCGCGGGGAUGGCGAGCAACCUUCUGAACCCGGAUGACACCCUCGGAUGCCAAGUCUGCCAGUAUACUCGAGGAGGUGAUUACCUGCGUACACUAAACUUGGAGGAGCGGUACUACGGAUGGAGAAAUGCUGGCAUCGUCGUUGUGUUUGUUGUCGGCAUCUACGGCCUCGUUUUCCUUAUGAUGAAACUCAGGACUAAGGCCACCAAAAAGGCUGAGACCUGAGGUGCGAGGUGAAAAGGAAUAAUAGCCAGUGUAAACACGCCCGUUAGUAUUUCCUUUCGGCGGCGUUGGACGAUUCAACCACCUAGGUAUGUUACAAGGUACAGAAUGGGAC